AUGGAGGUGAGUUGGGCUGUGGCGGCGGUAGCGGCGGCGGUGGCGGCGUUUGCGGCGGUGAAAUGGGCGGCGAAGAGUUUGAAUGAGUGGAUAUAUGAGGCGAAAUUAGGUGACCGGCGGAUGGCUCUGCCGCCGGGGGAUUUGGGUUGGCCUUUAAUUGGAAAUAUGUUGGCUUUCCUUAGAGCUUUCAAGUCUAAGAAUCCUGAAACCUUCAUUGAUAGCUAUGUUUCAAGGUUUGGGAAAAUCGGUGUCUACAAGGUUCAUUUGUUUGGAAACCCUAGCGUGGUUGUGACGACGCCGGAGACAUGCCGGAAAGUCCUUACAGACGACGAGGCCUUUCAGCCAGGUUGGCCACGCUCGGCCAUAGAGCUCAUCGGAAAGAAGUCCUUCAUCGAAAUGCCGGUCGAGGAACACAAGCGCCUCCGCCGCUUAACCUCUGCUCCGGUGAACGGCUUCGAGGCUUUAAGCAAUUACAUUCCUUACAUUGAAGAGAGUGUGUUGAAAUCUUUGGGAAAAUGGUCCGAUAUGGGGCCAAUCGAAUUCUUAACUCAACUUCGUAAGCUCACAUUCACCAUUAUCAUGUAUAUUUUCCUUAGUGCGGAGAGCGAACCGGUAAUGGAGGCGUUAGAGAAGGAGUACACUCGGCUUAACUACGGUGUUCGAGCCCUGAGAAUUAACUUUCCUGGAUUUGCUUACCACAAAGCACUCAAGGCUCGGAAGAAUCUUGUUGCCGCGUUGCAACGAAUUGUGACUGAUCGAAGAAAGCGAAGAUUGGACAAAUGGGCGCCGAAGAGGAAGGACAUGAUGGACGCUCUGAUUGAUGUUGAAGAUGAAAAUGGCAGAAAAUUGACUGAUGAGGAGAUCAUUGAUAUUCUAGUGAUGUACUUGAAUGCAGGUCAUGAAUCUUCAGGCCAUACCAUGAUGUGGGCAACUAUUUUGUUGAAUCAACACCCAGAAGUUCUCAAGAAAGCUAAGGCAGAGCAGGAGGAAAUUGUGAGGAGGAGACCUCCAGGUCAAAAGGGAUUGACAUUGAAAGAAUGCAGGGAAAUGGAAUAUCUCUCAAAGGUGGUCGAUGAGACUCUUCGCUAUGUAUCAUUCUCUCUUGUUGUCUUCAGAGAAGCACAAAUGGAUGUCAAUCUCAAUGGGUAUCUAAUUCCCAAGGGUUGGAAAGUGCUGGCUUGGUUCAGAAGCAUUCACUAUGACAGUGAAGUUUACCCAGACCCAAAGAAAUUUGACCCUUCAAGAUGGGAUAAUUUUGUCCCAAAAGCAGGAGAGUUUCUUCCAUUUGGAGCAGGAAGCAGGCUGUGCCCAGGAAAUGAUCUAGCCAAAUUGGAGAUCUGCAUUUUCAUUCACUAUUUUCUCCUCAAUUACAAGCUUGAAUGGCUGACCCCUGAUUGUCCAAUCUUGUAUCUGCCUCAUUCAAGGCCAAAGGACAAUUGCUUGGCUAAAAUCAGUAAGAAUUCCAGCACUGUUGUGUGAGGAGAGUUUAUAGUUUUUAUGUACGUAUAAUGGGUGUUGUACUGUUAAUGCCCCACACAGAAAGACACAUGCAUUGCCAAAUCUUGGCUUCUUCCUGUGUCAUUUGUAGUGAAUUUUGUACUGGAAUUCUGGUUCAAAUAAAUUAGUAGUUUCUGCAGUC